AUGGCGGCCAGCAACCCACCCAACAUGAUAGACCCGUCCAUCAUCGAGUACCUGAAGGCGCACGGCGAGGAGGAGAUCCAGGUCGGCGACAAGCUCCACCAGAUCACCGCCACGCUGAACCGGCACAUCUCCACCUGUCAAGGCCUUCUGACGCGCAUCCACUCGACUCCCAGCUCGAAGCUUGCACCGCUGCUGAAGCAGGUCGAGGAGACUGGCAUCAAGCCCGAGAUCGAGAGUGUGGGAGAGCUGUCCGAGUUCGCCUCCAACUACCCCUACUACAAGUACAACCACCGCUGGACCCGCAGCGUCCAGAAUGUCGUCUCCACGAUCCUCCUGACGGCCUGGCUGGGCGGCAUGGGCACCGAGUCGCGCCCAGGCGAGCUCGGCCGCCUCCUCACCAUCGAGGAAGUGGGCGAGAUCGUGAAGGUCCCCGUCAACCUCAAGGACCGUGACGCCUUCCACAUCAGCAUCGAGGAGUACCUGCUGGCCCUGACAGACAUCAGCGAGGAGCUCAGCCGGCUGGCGAUGAACUCGGUGACGAUGGGCGACAUCGCCCUCACGGUGCGCGUCAGCGGCUUCGUCAAGGACCUGUUCGCCGGCUUCCAGCUGCUCAACCUCAAGAACGACAUCGUGCGCAAGCGCGUCGACGCCGUCAAAUACCACGUCAAGAAGGUCGAGGACGUCAUCUACGACCUGUCGCUGCGGAACCUGAUCCCCCGCCAGACUGAGUGA